AGAGUAAGAUGUUUCAUAAGCAAGCAAAGACCGAUAAUAACAGGGGCGCCUACUCCAUCUCUUGCUUCUCUGUAUCAUUCUCUCGGUGCUUCAGAUAUCAAAAUCCCUCAUUGCAAGCUUUCUCCUUCAGCUUGCUGCCUAUUUUCCUCUUGAUCCUUCGUAACCUCUGCUUUCCUCCUCCUCUAUCUGUUGGGCAUAGGAAGAGCUAGCUUUGGAGUAACCAUACAUAUGAUGAUAUGACAGAUAUCGCGCGAAAGCUCGUGGCUUAGAUAUUUUUGUUUCGAAUUCCAGGUUGCAGGGAUGGCAGACCAUUUCGCGGUAAUGGCUGGCCAACUGCUCACGGAGUCGACUCUUCAGUCUGCCAUUGACGAGGCCUCUGUUGUGGCUUCUUCCAUGACCGCGUGUGAUGAGGCUGUUCAAGAUGGCAGGCCAAAGAGUGGUGUCUUGGUAGAAUGCAGAAUCUGCCAGGAGGAGGAGGAGGAGGCCCACAUGGAGGUCCCUUGCUCCUGCAAGGGCAGCUUGAAGCACGCUCAUCGUAAAUGCAUUCAGCGGUGGUGUGAUGAGAAGGGAGACACCAUAUGUGAGAUAUGCUUACAGCAAUUUACACCAAACUACACUGCCACUUCAAAGUUGUUUCAGCAUGGAAGGAACUCAAUUUUCUUCAGUAGUCCUGGUUACAUUCAAGCACGGCCCAUGCAGACCGGAAAUCAAACUUCUGCUACAUCAACAAGCUAUGAAUAUGAUAACCAAACUUCCACUUCUAACGGUGUAAUCUUUUGUCGCAUUAUUGCUAUAACUUUGAUGGUUCUCUUGGUGCUCCAUGACGCCGUCUCGGUUUACCUCGGCGACCAAGAUGCCUAUACCGUCGCAAUGAUCACUCUGCUGAUGCUUAGAACCGCGGGAAUCGUCAUACCUGUGUACAUUAUACUGGUCGCGGUUACCGAACUGCUUCAUCGGCACACACAACGGCAGGCUGUGCACGACCAGAUUUCAGAACCUGCAGGAGCGGAGAGCACGCAGCCGCUGCCACAACCAACCCAGCAGCUCGUCAUCAGCGUCCAGUAGUGUACUGCGGAAAGGGAUCAAUCGUUUAGGAUUUGAGGCUCUUGCUGUAAUCAAGUAUUCAUCCAUGUAUGCGGUUUAGUGCUUCCGAAGAUGCAUUGUGCCAGCAGAAAUGGGAGGAACGUAAUUGUUUGUGAAAACGCUGUGUGCAUCAGCUUCACGACACCUUUGUACAUACAGGUAAAAAAGAACACCAUACAUGGCCACUCUCUUCGAAAGUGUAUUCCAUUAAACUAAAGACGCGGCGAUAUGGCUGGCCACCAAGUCCUCAACACCAGAUGUUGUAGGAAACCAGGAAUCCAUUUGUCCUGUUGAUAGAGAUCUAGCAAGAUGGAGGGCGACUUGACAAUCACUGGGCGUGGCGGUGGCUGCCGUCCCUUCAUGACACAUUAAACAGGAGGUGGU